CGUUUAUGGCGACAACGCGUAGAAUGUACCAGAAGCACCAUGUCCAGUGACCCCACAGCGCCCCCGGCCCCAGGUGUAGAAGAUGGUGAGGAGUUUGACGACCCCCGCAAGGCCGGUAUGCUGUACUGCACCCCUCUCAGCGUGCUGGAGUUUGAAGAACAGGCAGAGAAAGAAACGGAGAAGGCUAUUAAUGAACUAAUGGGUUACCUUGAUGGCCACAAAGAACAGUUCACAGACCUGCUGAGAAAGAAGAAACGACAGGAUCUUGAGAAUGGAGGAUUGAUAUCGUUUGUCAGGGUCAAAGUGUGUGAUAUCAUCCAUGGCAACAACAGCCCGUUGUUAAGGGUGACAGAAAAAGAGAGAGAUCAGAAACUGGAUGAAUUGAAGAGAAACAUGACCAAGGCUUUUGAAUAUUCUUUAGAAACAAAGGGAAGAAGGGUGUCAAAACGCUUAGAAGAAAAGAAACAGAAAGGGUUUGAUGCCAGUAACGGUAAAGUUCCCAAUGACAAGGCAGCUGCUGGGCAGCAGAAAACCCGUGGUACAAUGGCGCCUCCUCCCCCACCCCCUCCCCCACCCAUCCCUGGGGAGAACGCACUGACCACCACACCCAAGGGGCUCUCAUUGUCAAGGAAACCAUUCACUCCUAUUGAGAACCGAAUACAAGAGUUCAAAACCCCACAGACUUUUAAGACAAGAAAGUUGGAUGAUAUUCUUGGAGCAACCCCAUCUGUGGAUACAUCUCUGACCAGUCUGCAUGAGGAGCUCAUGUCAUCAAAUCCAUGGAAACGCUUGAAAUGUGUCGGAGAAAAUAGGUCCCCUGGUGGUACCCCAAUGGCUGCUAAGAGGAGCAACAGCAACAUCCCAUCAGAGCCCCUUCACAUUGCCCUUGUGAACAAGUUUAAGAACGUGCGCUCCCCCAGCCCCAACACAAGCCUCAAUGUCACUGCUAACUCCCUCGAGGGAUUUACGCCUUAGGCUCCAACGGAUCACUUGUACUAUACACAUAGAUCCAGUUGGAUAGACAGAAUUGUAUAUUAGCCUCGCUCUGCAAAAACGGGGCUUAAUUCAUGUGCAUAGUGUCAUCCGAGCAGGCUUAUCAGGGACCACACUUUCUGCCGUGAAUAGAUUUUAAUAAGGAAGAGACUUCCUUUAAAACAAAUAUACCUUAAAAGCCCAAAGUUUCAUCCCUGAUAAGCCUAUGUCAACUGCACAGGCUAAUCUGGGAAAACACUUAACACACAUGCAUUAAUACCUGUAUCUCAGAGAAAGGCCCAUAUUGUCAUUGGUGUCUUCAUUAGACUGAUUAAGAUGCUGUAUGUAUUUGUUUUUCUUGUAAUAGAUUAUUUUACACUUUUAAAUGUUUUUUAUUUUACUCUUUUAAAUGUUUUGUUAUUUGAUUGAUAAUAAUAUGCAUUAUAAAAUACAUGUACAUAACAUUAAAUUAUUUGUUCAUGCAGCUGUUAGAAAAAUACAUUUUAUAUUAUAUUUUUAUUGUUCAAAUCAACAUCAAACAAAAUUAAUACUCCACAUAUGGUUUUAACCAAUUUUAAUUAAUUAAGAUAAGAUCAUUUAGACGUAUUUGUUGUAUGAUUUUCUUUAACAAUUUGUGUUUUUUCAACAUGGAGAUAUAAUAUUUAAUAUCACUUUGCAGGAGUCAUUGAGCAACAAUCGGCAAAGGUGGCUUCAAUUGCCUUAUUUGUUUGACGAAUGCUUUUAACUGUUAAUAAAGUCGUUUGCAUAGCAAAUUUUGACAGCAAUUUGCAUGUCUCAUCUUGUUUUUGUAACAAGGAUGAUUCAAUAUGCCACCCAUGCUUGUGGCACCUUCCCAAAUAAGCUGUUAAUGACAGGUUAGUGUUGAAAAUCAAAAUGUACAUUAUAGUUUUGUGACUUAGUGCUGUAUUAUAGACAUGCUUGAGCAUAACAGAUGUUUCUGUGUUACUACUUUGUGCAGUAUUUGUGUUGUUAACUGUUUAUUAUAGAUUGUUUUCCUGUCAUUUAUAGUGUGUGAAUUAUCAUUGUGCAAUUUAAAAUUAGUUUAACACUGUUUCAAAUAAAGCAUGACAGUGACAAUAUCAAUGACGCUCUUAUUUGAAUAAUCACAAUCAAUGAAACACAUUGUAAACAUUUUUCGACUAAAAAUUUGUGAAACAACUUCUUUAUUUUGACUUCCUGAUAUUAUUAUAACCACACAUUUCUCGAGCAAACCUGCUCAUGUCCUUUAUAUCUGUGUAACGUCUUUGUGCACUGUCGGUUUGUUACUACAUUUUUCACUGUCUAGUCUGUGUUGCUUCUUUAUUAACUUCAGUGUGACAUGUAUAUUUGACUUGAAAAAUGAAACAUUGCAUGCCAGGCGGUUGUUCUUAUUAUUUUGUGUAUUUAUUUUCUUUAUUGAGACAACUGGUCAUAUGUUCAUUCAAAUCUUUGAUUUAAGCUAUUACAAGUAAUUGAUUAUGAGUAGCCAAGUAAAUCAUUCAAAAAGCA